UAAUUAUACUUUUCUUAUCAAUUAUAUAUGUUAUAUCUGUUGUGAUCUAUUUUACAAAAGGUAUAUAAAGCAUUCUCAUGUUAUGAUCAUUUGAAGUGCAUAUCAUGUUUGUUUCCCCUUUGUUUCUUUCUUUCCCUGUUCCUCUGUUUCUCUCCCGCUCCUGGUUGUAAUGCUUUUUCUGCUUUUAUUUUAUUUUCCCUUUCUAUUCCUUGUAUUUGGGUGGCUGUGCCUUUAAAUGUCAGUUUGGCUUAUAAAAAAAUGUUUGGUUAAUUAACAAAACAUGCUUUGGGUUGUUACUUAGCUAGAGGUUGCUGGGAUUUAGGAUCCAUGUAUUCAUGAUGGGACGAUAAUGUAUUAGCUUUUCAUAAUUCCUCUUUGCUUUUCUUGUAAUUUUUCUUUAAGGUAGCAGUGGAAUGCUCAUCUCCUCUAUAUUCCUUGCUAUUUCAUUCUCUUUGUAUUCAAGUUCUAGCACACCUUGUCCUUGAUUUGAAUAUACACUGGCUUACAAAAAAACAAAUGGUUAAUUGCACUUUUGGUCUCCCAACUUUUCCCUUUCUGCGAAAACCGUCCCCCAACUAAGAAAUUAGCAAAACGCAUCCCCAAAGUUACCCUCAUUCAUUUGGUCCCUUUGGUAUUUUUUAUCCAAAAUCUAACGGUUUGAGAGACCAAAAGUGCAAUUAAGUCAACUUCCUCACCACACCAUCGUGGCCUGCACUUUUGGUCCCCCAAUUUUUCAUUUGGUCCACUUAAUUGCAUUUUUUAUCCCUCAGACCGUUAGAUUUUGGAUGGAAAAUACUAAAGGGACCAAAUGUGUUAAUGGAGGGUAACUUCGGGGAUUAUUUUUGCUAAUUUCUUAAUUGGGGGACAAUUUCGCAGAAAAAUAAAUUUCGGGACCAAAAGUGCAAUUAAGCCAAAAAUAAAACAUACAAAUAAAACUUCAUAUUUGGGUAGGGUGGUAUGUAUCUAAUAUCUCAAGGGGAACUGACAAGGGCCAUGGAUGGUCCCUUUUUCUUUCUUUUCUUUAUUACUGUAUGACAUGCAUUUUUUUUGUGCAUCGGUAAAUUAACAACAAUCAGACGAAUAAAACUAGGGAAUAUGAAAAGAGAAUGCAUACAUAUAACUGUAUCCAAUUACCAUGAAAUUUUAGUUUUCAACUGUCUCCCCUCAUGCUAGAGUUUGCUGCAAAAAAUUACUCCCUCCGUUCCUGAUCUUUUGUUGUUUUAACUUUUAGCCUAAAUUCCAAAACUUUUGUUGUUUUACACACCCAAUGCAUUUUUUCUCAAUUUAUUCCAUGUAUACCCUCAUUUAAUACUACAUCUCUCACAUACCACCUCUUAUCUUCACCAAUCAAAAUCACAACAAGUUUCUUAACCAAUAACUAUUAGUCUCUCUCUUCACUUUUUUUCAACAUUAAAUAGGGUGUUUAUGUCAACAAAUAUAUCAAUGAUUGCACUCUUAAACAAUGUGCAUAACCUUAAACAACAAAAGAUCAGGAACGGAGGGAGUAAUUAUUUUCCUUUGCUUGCCAACUUGCUAGUAAAAGGUAUACAUCAAUUUUGAUGAUGGAGCAGAAUUUCAAGCCAUCUUUAUUUCUACAAGUCUUCCGUGAAUUGACAGAGCUGGUUAUGAAGCAAAAUGAAGACCGUUGGACCUCUGUUACAAUAGGAAUUUAUCAAAAUAAACAUUUCUUUGAAGUUGCAGUGUGGAUAAAUGAAGUGGAUAAAUUCUUAAAGAGUGCCUUAGCAGUGGAAGCUUUAGAUAAAAGUCUUUACACAAAUUCCAAUUGGUGCAAUUACAUGAUAUCAAGAAUAAGGGACUUGUGUGCCAAACGUGGCCCAAAUUUUACUUUUGGAAGAUUAAGCGAUGUUGGAUCUUCCUCAAUAAAUAUGGUACCACUUUCAUUACGUGAAGAACUCUACUAUGAAAUAGCAUCGCUGAUUAACAUAUAUUAUGCUCAGCGUACUCUCUUUCAUUCAACAAAUGAUCGUCAGCUAUAUAAACCUAAAGAUGCUUUGCAGCGGAUAAAUGAAGUGGAUCAAUUCUUAGAAAAGGUCAAAGUGCAGUUACUAGAAAAAAUUCCUGAGACGAAUUCUGAUUGGUACCGUAACAAGAUAGCAGAAACAAGGACAAUGAUUGACAAAUGUGAACCAGCAUUUAUUUCUCUCCAAUCUUCUCAAGAUGUGGAACCUGCAAUAAUUAAGUUACAUGAGGAACUUCGCUGUGAAAUAAGGUUGUUGAUUAACCUACAAUGUGUUGACUUGAAGAUAAUUACCGAUGAUAUUUCAGAUGAUCCUUAUGUGGGUGAUAGAUUCAAGAAAGAGCUUCAGGAGCAGAUAAAUGAAAUGAAUAAAUUCUUAACAGAGAUCAAUCUGCAAUUAAAAGAAACAACUCUUAUGAAGAGUUCAGAUUGGUACACUGAGAAGAUAGCAGAAACAAGGAUGUUAAUUGCCAAACGUUAUUCAGCAUUUCCCUUCCAGUCUCAAGAUGUAGGAUCUUCCUCAAUCAAUAUGCCCACAGCGGAGUUAAAAGCACAGGUAGAUGAUUUGGGAUAUACAAGACAACAAUACCAGAUUUUUCUCAGCUUUAGAGGAGAAGAUACUAGAUAUGGGUUUACCUGGAAUCUCUAUGAAGCUUUGAAGCAAGAGGGAUUUAAGGUCUUUAUGGAUGAUGAAGGGUUGCAAAGAGGGGACUCGAUUGCACAAGUUCUCAUGGAGACAAUUGAAAAUUCAAAGCUUUCAAUCAUUGUUUUCUCUCAAAAUUAUGCUGACUCGACCUGGUGUCUCAAUGAACUUGCUAAGAUUGUUGAGUGCAAGCAGAAGAAAAAUCAACUAGUUUGGCCAAUCUUUUAUAAAGUGGAGCCCUCGGAUGUGAGACAUCAAAGAAAUAGUUAUGAAAAAGCAAUGAUCAAACAAGAAACAAGGUUUGGAAAAGACUCUGAGAAUGUGAAGAAAUGGAGGUCAUCUUUGUCUCAAAUUUGCAACUUGAAAGCUUUCCAUUACAAGGAAAAUAGUGGGUACGAGCGAUUUUUUAUCCAAGAUAUCAUAAAAGAUGCCAUAAAUAUUAGAGAUCGCUUGUAAGCAUGGAUAUGGUCAUGUUGACGAGAAGAAAGAUUUAGGAUUUUAGGCCUUUUCGGUGUUGCACAAGAGAGAACUAAUAGCAAUGAUUCUUUUGCUUUGCUGUUGUUCUGUUUUUUGUUUAGGCUGAUUGAGUGAACAUGUUUGCUAUUUUGUUUCGUUUUUGUUUAUAUAUAAUGGAUCGAGCAUUGUUGAAUUACUCAAGAACUGUUUAGUGGCAUUGUAAUAUCAGAUAUGAGAUUUGUUAUUAAAUUA